CAAGAUAUACUUUUAUCAAUUUUCGCUUUGACCAUGGCUUGGGGUUUACCGAAACUACCAGGGCUGACGUUCUCAGACCCAACGAAGACUCAGCACCAUAUACGUAGUUCGCUGAGGUAUUACCAAGGGCAUAGAUUCCCGGACACGAGGUUAAGAGCCCCAGGGGGUACCGCUACAGAUGUGGAUAGCAACGCAUUUGCCCUACCAGAAGAUUCUGUCAUAUACGACCCUUCACUAACCUACGGUAGAGUGAAGCAGCCAGCGCUACCAGCCGUGAUACCACAUUGGGUUCAUUACGACAAGCGAUGCCUUAACUUUACGGCUUUCUUCAAACAGCCGGUGUACGAAAACCCUGACGAAACUUACAGAGUCAGAGUGGUCAACAUAGUGUAUUUCCUCGAGGAUGAUUCACUUACAGUUAUGGAGCCACGAGUUAAGAAUUCCGGAUUAUGGCAAGGAAGACUUGUUAAGCGAGGCAAGAUACCCAAGAAUGAUUUCGGAGAUUAUUGGCACUGGAAAGAUCUAGACAUCGGCAAAGACAUCUGCAUCUACGGCAAAGUGUUUCACACAGUCUCCUGUGACCUGUUUACGAAGGAAUGGUUAGAAUCUCAAGGCGUAGAGCUGUCGAAGGAAGAGGAUUUACCUGUAGACUCUUACACUCAAAAAGAACACUGGAAAGCAACGCAGCCACCGAAGAGGGUGAAAUCACACGCUGAUCCCUUAAGAAGGUUCCUAGAAUACGACGGUAAAGUGCUUACGUUUAACGUUGUAUGGGAUAACCGAGAUGCGGAGUUCGGUGAGCUCACUGAAUACAAAAUGUUCUACUUUUUACAAGACGAUACGAUCGCUAUUAAGGAGCUUCAUGACGGCAAAGGUGGCAAAGAUCCUUUCCCUCUCCUGCUUAAGAAAAGGAAACUGCCAAAAAAAUGGGAAGAAAGACCGGUAACCUUCCCGUCGAUUGCUCUGGAAACUACGGAGGAGGAAAUAACAGAAUACUACGCUCCCAGGGACCUUAUUGUGGGGCAGACGGUGUUCUUGCUCGGACGCCGGUUCCUGCUAUUCGACUGUGACAGCUUUACGCGAAAAUACUACAGGGCCAUGCUGAACAUAGAACAGCCGCCGCGUAUUGAGGUUCGUCACGAAACUAAGAGGGAGUUCCCUAAGAGUUUACCUCCGCAUAUCGGUAUCGGUGCUCCGGAGGACACUUUAGGAUCCUGCUUCGGACUUAUACCAAAACCCCCUCACAAAGACAUCAUCAAGUACAAUCUGAAUGCUAAUAAGUACCUACGUUACCUAUGCGAAUUGGAUUGGAUUCAUCCGGAAGACAAAGGGCGUCAAUUUGUACUAGCCUACAGCCUCGCAGAUGGGACAAUUAAGAUCGGCGAGAUACCGCGCCGUAAUUCAGGCAUACGAGAGGGGAAAUUCCUCAAAUCGAUGCGUUUGCAGACACCUGAGUCGGAUCCAAACUUUCCAACGUAUUAUACACCUGACAGAUUUUAUAUCGGAGGAAUAGUCCCAGUAUUCAAGCACCGAUUCAAGAUUGUUGGUUGUGAUUUAUUUGUGUACCGUUACAUGACUGCGAAUCCGGAUAAAUUCCCUCAGGAGGUCAUUGAUAAUGUCCGGAACUAUCAUAUGCGGGAGGGCAAUUUGAAAGAUGAAUUACAGGAAGAAUUCCGCGAAGAGCAAGCAGCUGAAACAAGAGCUCAGCUGGCUAAGAUUGGUCAAGCAGCGGUGGCUGAGCCGAAUGCUAUGGAGCGAUGCCUUGCUGCCCUCGAUGUGGUGGAGGGGAGCGCCGCUCCGCCGCGACCUUCAUCUCCGCCUGCCACCACUGACCGCAUCUCCUACGAUGAAUCCUUACGCAUUGCUAGAUUGAGCAAUCCAACAUGCGACAAUGUGGUGCCACUGAAAGGCAUACUGAAGUCAAGUACCGCGCAAGACGAUCACCAGAAGGUCGUCUGCUUCAGUGGGCCGAAGGUUGAGGAGCGCCGCGAGACAAGCAUGCCAGCAUCCUACCCGCCUGGCCAUCAACCUCAUUACGUCGAGGACGAUGACUUCUGCCAACGAUACAAGGAUGCGGGCGCAGAGGAGAGGGCUGGUAGGCGAGCUCGUGACGAAUGCGCUUACGAAAUAGUACCCGGCAAGCAGCUCCAGAACGUGACGGAAGAUGAGUUACAAGAGAAACCCAAUUUACCAGGAUAUUUGGGCACGUAUGGCGCCGAUUGCAAAAAGGUACCAGACUAUAUGCGGUUAUCACCAGACGCCUACGAAAAGGUGAAGAAACUACGACGCGAAGUUCAGGAAAUUUCACCGGCAGCAACACGCAUAGCAGAUUAUACUCGAGAGCCAGCUCCUCCCGUGGACGUCUGCGUGCACCCACCAGCCGAGGCCACGGGACCGUGCGCGAGGAAGACAGAAGAUGUUUCCUUCUCAUGCCCACACCUGGAACCUAAACCGCCUUGUUGUGUACCUAAAGAUGCAAUAUAAGUUAUCCGUUAUAUUAUCAGUGGAGUGU